GAAUGACGCCGAGCGAGUCUGUGGCGAUGUUCGAACGUGAGGCUAUUUAAAACUCUGCGCAAGCCCCCUGGCGCCGAGUCGACGACUAAUGAUCAGUGUUGCCUUGUCUACCGUCGAGUGCGUAACUACACAACUGUGAACUGUGUUUACACAAGGAAGAACCUCGCCAGUGUUUGUUUAAUAGUUACAUCAGUUUACAUAUUACUGAAAAAUGGCUGACAGUGGUCUCAAAAGGAACAUCCCUAUUAAAUUAGGCGAUUUUUCAGUCAUCGACACUGAAUUCUCGAGCAUCAGGGAGAGGUUCGACGCUGAAAUGAGAAAAAUGGAAGAGGAAAUGAGUAAAUUCAGAUCAGAACUCAUGAACAGAGAAAGCAACAAUUUCUUCAAGAGCACAACUAGGUCUUACAAUUUCGAAUCUGUUUCUUCCGGAGGAGUAACCAAGUCUUCAGAGAGCUCCACCACAUCUUCACAACACAGUGAUAGCAGACAGUUGGCUGAGCCCAGCCACUGGGACAGUCUCAACUCUCCCUUGAUCCAAGAUGAAGGGGAUGGCAAAUCACUGAAGCUCCGUUUUGAUGUCAGCCAAUAUACCCCCGAAGAGAUCGUCGUCAAAACAGUCGACAACAAAUUAUUGGUGCACGCCAAACACGAGGAGAAGUCAGAUACAAAAUCAGUAUACAGAGAGUACAAUAGGGAAUUCCUGUUGCCAAAGGGCACAAAUCCUGAGGCGAUCAAGUCGUCGUUGUCGCGAGACGGUGUUCUAACAGUGGAGGCUCCUCUGCCUCAGCUGGCAAUCACGGAUAGGAAUAUUCCUAUUCAGAAGCACUGAGCAACUACAAAUGUGGCUAUCCAGUGCGACGCAUGCAAUUCCAUAUUGUUAAUAAUUUAUUUUAAUUUAUGUUUCAUAAAUUACUGUAAGGAGUAUUGGCGAUAUUCUCUGAUAUUUAUUUAGAUUUAUUAUUAAAAGAGAAGAGAAUCUCAAAAUUAUCUUAAUUAACACUUACACGUUGUAACCGGUCAAUUACUCUCGUUGAGCUAUAUUCCAUUGUUCAUUGUAGAGCACAGAUGCAUUCUGCACUGUACAUUUGAAUGUUGCUUUAUGACAUUGCUUUCACUGUGAUUGUUAGGAGUUGGAACAACAUUACAUAUUGCAUUUUUUCCGUUGUGUUGGGUAUUUCGGUUGAUUUAAAAAUUGAUCACUAAUGUGAUUAGAAUUAAACAUGAUCUAUCCGGUUAUUAAACAUUUUAAUUAAUUAUUGUAAGUUCUCAAUAAUACUAAAGAAAUUCAAGUGAGCUUACAUAACGUGUUCGUUGAAAAUUAUGUACAAUAUGUAAGUACAGUUUACAUAAAAUCAGCGCAGGUUAUGGCUAUGGAAGCAUACAACGAGGAUUAUUAGAGAAGUGUCUUAUUUACAAACUGAUUAAAGUCCAUUUUGCUUAACAUCGCCUGCUAUCAGCAGCUAUAACAAACAACACACCAAUUUAACAGCUUUUAACUUGAUACACAUAUUAUAUUUUAGUACAAACAGUUGUUAUGAAAGUUUUAGAUGUCAAUAAAACUUAAAACAAUA